UUUCCUCUCAUUUGCGGAUUCAGAGAGAAGGAGGCGGGAGUUUGUUAAAUUGGUUUUGGUAUUUGAAAACAAACUGGGCUUUGUGGCUUAAUGUCUGUACCAUGAAUUUAUUAAUGAAUAAACGAAGCUGCAGUGUACCGUAAGGAGAACUUCGCGAAUUGUAGGCUACGUCCGUGUUGCAAAACCGAACGAUAAUGGCAAGACUAAGUGUGAAGAAGCUCUUGGCUUUCUGCCUUUUCUUCUCGACUUUGUUCUUUCUUAUUGUUAUUCUUCAGGUGGUUGUGGAGCUGGGACAGUUUGAAAAGAAAACACAGAAACCCAUUAUAAAAGGAAACCGACAAGAGGGUAGUCAACAGCAAGUCUUAAAGCACAAUAAACAAGUGACCAGUAUGAAGGGACUGGCUGAAUCAAGCACACAGUAUCCCAUCCUUGUCUGGCGGUCACUCCUUACUGGUGAAACAAGCAGACUUGAGACCUGUGGAAAGAACAAGUGUUUCUUCACCAUUAACAAGACCUACUAUGAUCAUAAGAAUACAGAGGCAUUCCUGUUUUAUGGCACAGACUUCAACAUAGAAAGCCUCCCUCUACCACGGAAACGUCAUCAUCACUGGGCCCUUUUCCAUGAAGAGUCUCCUAAAAACAACUACAAGCUCUUCCACAAGGCCUCGGUCUCUCUGUUUAAUCACACCGCAACGUUCAGUCACCAUUCCCACAUGCCUCUCACCACACAGUACCUGGAAAGUGUGGAGGCCUUGAUGUCCCGCCGUUACUUGGUCCCCCUGUCCCUGAAGAACAGCUUGAGGGGAAAACUGGCUCCCCUGGUCUAUGUGCAAUCAGACUGUGACCCCCCUUCAGACAGAGACACUUAUGUGCGUGAGCUGAUGAAGUACAUUAAGGUAGACUCCUAUGGGGAGUGCCUACAUAACAGAAACUUGCCUCCGCACUUAAAUAACCCAAUGGCCAUGGAGGAGCGUGGCUUCUACAGGAUUCUCGCCCAGUACAAGUUCAUCCUUGCCUUUGAAAAUGCAAUCUGUGAUGAUUACAUUACGGAGAAGCUCUGGAGACCCCUCAAGCUGGGAGUAGUCCCUGUCUACUAUGGGUCCCCUUCUGUUGCCAAGUGGCUUCCCAGCAACAGAAGUGCUAUCAUAGUUAAUCCCAAUGAGCCCCCUCUUAAACUAGCUCAGUACUUGAACAGCCUCGAUGAGAAUGACAAGGAGUAUGAGGCAUACCUGGAAUGGAAACAGAAAGGCGACAUCUCCAACCAUAAUCUUCUGACUCAUAUGAGAGAACGCAAGUGGGGAGUUCAGGAUAUUUCCCAAGAUAACUACAUUGACGCAUUUGAGUGCAUGGUGUGCACUAGGGUUUGGGAAAACAUCAUAAGGAGAAAAAAGGGCUUGACACCAAGAACAUGGCAGGCAGAGGCAAACCACCUAAGCUGCCCACCCCCUAAGUCCUUCACCUUCUCAUCUGGCCCCGUGAGCACCAACUCUCUGAGAGAAAUAUGGAAGCCCAGCUUUGAGCAAUCCAAGAAAGAGGCUCGAGCACUGAAACUCUUGGUUGAAAGGAAUAAAUGUUUCACAGAGGUGGAGUUUUGGAAAGUGGUGUUUAAUAAUAAUUAUGACAGAUCUGUUUGGGAAUAGCUUCAGCUGCAAGGAUAAAACAUUAUUAGUUCAGAAUGAUCACUAUCAUGUCCUCAUCAUAAAAUGUCAGCUGUGCUUAAGGCAAAAGCUGGUCUUUCUGUUUAAGAUGACCCGGGUGAUGACUGUUUGCAAAUGUGGGACCAAACCAAAGAAGCAAGUAGUGAUGGAAAGGUUGCAUUAUCACCAUGUACAGUACCUGUCACUAAAAAUAUGAAAAGAAAAUGGCAAAAAGUUCAGAUCGUGAUUCUACUCUUGUAAAGUUUGAACUGUUAUUGACAUACAGUAUUAUAACACAUUAGAUGCUUAAGUUCAAUUAUGUCUUAUGAAACAACCAUUUAUAUUUUGACAUGCUUUGGAUAUUUGAGAUAAAGGUACUGUAUCUGAGUGCAUAUCGCACACUGUCAAUAUAUCUUUCUGAAUGUACUGCUGUGUUUUUUACAACACAAAUGUGAAGAAAUUACAAUACACAGGUACAGUAAAGUAAGGGGAAAGUGCUCGUGCUUUUUGCUUCUUCAGAAGAGUGAAUUCUUUCUAAAGAACAUUUGUAUCAUCAUUGUAUCAUUUGACUGAAAGGUGUUUCAAGAAAAAAAAAUAUUUAAAAAAGUUAUGGAAAUGCCUUGGAUUCAAAGAAAAGUUUAUUUUCAUUUUGUUUGUAAAUGGCAGUUUGUAAACUAAAGACUCCAAAAAAUAGUUGGCAAAAUACUACAAAGAUCACAUUCUGUUUUUUAUAUAUUUUUUAAAUAUUGUAAAUAAAGAAAAGAUGUAUUUUUCAUUACAUUUUUUUUAAUUUUAACAUUACAAUACUUGACUGCUCAUGCCUUUUAUAACACAAAAUAAACUUUAAUAAAAAUUGAUGAAAAACCAUGCUAGUAAUUUGGAUUCCCAAAAGUAUUCAACACUGCUAAUUAGUGGAGGGCUCAGACCCCAUUUUCAUAUGUGGUUAAUGUAGACUAUUCUAUUUGAUAUAUGAAGGGGUUGGCGAAUUGUUGCCAUGCAGGCUCUUGAGCUGAGGUGCUACCAGUGUGGAUUUUGUAUAACAUCCCUCAGUUCUUGUGGGUUUCCUCUGGGUGCUCAGCUUUCCUCCCCACAGUCCAAAAACAUGUUAGGUAAUUGCUUCUG